UAGAAACCCCACCUCCCCCAGUGCUUCUCUCCUCCCCUCCCCUCCCCUCUUCACUCAGUCUUCGGCCAAAGAAUCCCAGGCAGCGUUUAAUUGCAGAGUGCAUAGGCUUUAGUUGGGCUAAUGAGCUCAGCACCGGAGCUGGGACUCUUUCACGCACUCUCUGACUGACAGAAACCCAUAUGGAGUCCUUUACCGGAGGAGCCUCACAAGGCGGCUGGAUUUUAGGUGGAAGGAAAAGAAGGAAUUCAUAAAUUCAGGUACAGCCGACUAUGUGAGAGAAUAUACCAGAGGCAAGAGACGGAGUAAGAGGUGGAGAAAGAGAGGAGAGCGGGAGAGGGGAGGGGAGGAAACGGGAAAUACACAGCCAGAGAGAGAGAGAGAGAGAGCGAGAGAGAGAGAGAGAGAGCGAGAGACUAGAAGCCUGCAGCAGCAAAUGAGACAGAACAACUAGGCGGGAGAGGUAGUACGAGAGACAGAGGGAGGGAGGUGGAGUGGGGCCCCGUGUAGGAGAGAGGGCUACAGGGUGAGGAAGAAGAAGGAGAAGAGAAAAAGUUAGGUAGGAGAAAGAAGUAGGAGAAAGAGGGUCCAGGGAAAGAAAAGAACAGGCGCAGAGAUUAACAACUACAGGAGAGAAGAAGAAAGGAAACAACAGACAGGAAGGAAGGGGAGGGAGAAGUCUUGAGUAGAGAGGAAAAAAAAGAGCUGAAGAAAAGUUUUCUUGUGGGAAGACGCAGAUGAGGAAAACAGAGCGAGUGAAUGACUGGGCUAAAGAGAGCAGUGACGGGAGGAAACCAGUUGUUUUCUAAGGCGUUUUCCACACAAGCCUCUGGACUUCUUUGGACAUGUACACAGAAGGCGCACAAACAGCGGGACACCACCGAUUUCUUCAGCACAUCAACACCUCCACCCCCUGCUCCUGCCAGCACUGCGUCCACUAUGAGCAGCCAGCGUACGGCCAUCACGGUGGGCCGGGAUACCAACCAGCAUCGGCCAGACAGACAGACCACCCAUCUCUGGACUGCAGGAGAGACAUACAGGCUCCUCGGGUUAAAGACGUAGCAGGGAGAGCUUUCAUAGUGGACAGAGGAGAGAGAAGCGGUCAUCGUAGCCCACAGAGGAGGCCUGUGUUCGCAGGGCCGGGCCCUUACAGCCAGUCAGCUGACUUGAGCCAAGUUUGCCCCUGGGAGUUGAACCCUGCCCAGUGGAACUACUCGCUGGAGCCUGGGGUGAGACACUACCCGUCUGUCAGGGAACAGUGUGGCUGUGUGGUACGCAGCGACACCAGGGCACACCCCUUCAAUGCCGGGAUACCACAUCCUCUCCCCCAUCUUCAGGUCAAAGGUCAAGGGUACAGGCACAGGAGGACUGUCAGGUAUGUCUCCGUAGAUGAAGAGGAGGAAGGUUCUGGAAGCACCUCUGAGAACUAUCAUUUGGAGCCACACAAUCACCAUUUACAUAAGCCAAAUGGCCACUGUGGACCAAUGGCUGUGUUCUUUGAGGGAGGGGAGGAAAGAGAUAGCCAUCAGGACCGGGCCAGACUGAAGGGUGGAUCAGAGGAGGGCUGUAAUGGACGCAGUGGCGAUCACAAAGGUUUCUUCCCUACUGAAGUCCCACAAAAACACCUGAACCAAAGCAGACAGAAGGGGCUGUGCAUCACCAUCACCAGUUCAGAGCCGUUAAAAUCGACAACCAACGACCACCAGCGGCAGGGUUCGGAGGUAGUGAAACAGAAGAGGAGACAGGAUUUGGUGAGGGAUCAAAUCAGACAAGUGGUGACAGAUCUGGAGGAUGUGUUGGGGGGCUUGAAGCAAGUUCAUGUGGAGAUGAAAGAGGUGGUCGAGCAGAUUGAUCGUCUCACAGCCAGUAUCGACCUCAAUGAGGAGACGCCUUGCAUCACUCAGGGCUCAUCCAGUAACUUUCAUGGCUCAGUUCAUCCAGUUGACCUCAGGUUGGCCCCGCUGACCAAUCACAAGCCCGUUCCAGUCCAGGUGUCACAACACAUCGAUGAAGACCGCAUCAUCUUAAGAACUAACUCUCCCUCCCCUGUUCAUAUGGCGUCGGUUGUCAAAACCAGCCGCUUCACUCCACCUAACCACAUCAAGGACAUCAGCCACGAACGGCCAGGUCUGAACGGCCACCCGCCUCACCUGUAUCCCCCCAGAGACCCCAACCACACUGGCCAAACUCACCCCGAGCCCCACCAACAGACCCUAGACCCUAAGGUCAUUAUUGGUAACAGUACCACCAAUUCAAGAACUCAGAAGCCUCCUCUGUACCCUCAAAACGGGCGAUGUGGGAAGGGCCCGUACCUGCCUCCCAAGCCUGUGAGGACCCCCGCCUACCCCGGGAGAGGCCGCCAGAACACCAGCAUGGUGUGAAGGAGGGGGGUGGUCUGCCCCAGUGCCAUGGGGGCCUGAAACAUGAGACCCUGCUGCAGCGAGUGGAGGUCAGAGUGGGACCAGGCAGGGGAACAACUCAUGGAGCUGAUGCCACCGAGACAAGCUGUCAGCCCGUGGAAACAGAGCACGGCCUGAAGGUGGGGGUAUUUCCAAAGGGAAAACUCCCCCAAGAGUCGACCUGCGACUGCAUGUCAGGCAAGCACAGAAGCAUGGAGGAGUGGCCGUCAGACCUCUCGGAGAAUUUAUGCUUUUGCUGUUAAUGGUGAUGUAGUGGCAAAUAAAUGAGAAGGAUAAACUGUGAACUGCUACUCAAACGCCACCAAUAGAAACAUAAAGGUAUCUUUUCAUGACAGUGUUAAUUUAUUUGUACUAUUUUUUUAUUGCAAAGAAAUCUAUUUUGUGGCAGCUUACACCAGUUUGGAUACUACCUAACCUCAUGUAUGCUAUAUUAAGAUUUAUAUCAUCUAAACUAUUGUACAAAUAUUUUACAAAUAAAGAGUUCAGAGUGUUUGUCUCACUGCUA